AUGACUUCACAGGGUCAUGCCAUCAAGGCUAUUGCCAUGGAGUAUGCCACUAUCCUUGCCAGGGAGUAUGCCGACGAUUCCAACGACGCAGCCAUCUUCACUCACUGCUUGGCCAUCGCUCGGGGCGAAGUUAAGAAACUGGCGAACUUUGCCCGUAAUCGAGAGCGGGCUCCCAGCAUGACAAGUACCACCAAGAUUGGCACAACCACCUUUACUGUGACAUACCUUUUCGAUGGCCAUGAUGUGGAGGCUGAGUUGAUCGACAAUCCUCUCAAACAGAAGCUCUGA